AGAGAGAGAGAGAGAGAGGAGAGCGCACCAGAGAUACGCAGAGAACGUGCUUUCUAUUUGUUGCGAGCAAUGUGACUUCAGAGUUCUCUGUAUUUUUAAAAUGCACACCUGCACCUCAGCAUGUAAAAGUUACAUCUGAAGAGGAAAAAGUUACUGCAUGAAAAGCCCUUGGCUCUAAAAACUGAGGGUUUUGUCUGACCUUUGUGUUAUUAUUUCAUGUUGUGGCUGAGCCGUGUGAAUUCGCAGAAGUCACGAUGAGCUCUGCGUGCCUGAGUUACUACAGUGCAGAGAGCGUUCUUGUUGAGGCGUUCACCUGUCCCAAACCGGAGAACGACGCGAGUGCCGUGCACUGCUGUGGAUUCAACGACAUGAAAUACUGCUGCGACGAUCCCAACAGUUUCUUUCCCUACGAGUAUGAGUACAUGUGGAGGCUGAGUGUGGGGGCGCUGGUCGGCCUCUCCAUCGCGGCGGUGGUGUUGCUGGCGUUUAUCAUCACAGUGUGUGUCCUCUGCUAUCUCUUCAUCUCCACCAAGCCCCACGGCAGACUUGACAACGGCCUUCCACUGCACAGCCCAGCUGUGGAUCUCAAUGUUCUGGAAGGCCCGAGUCACUGUAACACGGUGGGGGCGCCGACAGGGAUCCAGAAGCACUUCAUGAGCCGUAAGCUGGACUGCACCAAUCAGCCGCCGGACCAGGACCGCCUCUUCCAGAGAUGCUUCACGGCAACGGUCACCACCAUCAACGUAGAGGGGCCAUCUUAAAACUAUCCAGCGCUUUCCGUUGCAUUGAUCCCACUUUCACAUUUCAAGAUACUGCUACAGGGUAAAACCGCUUUCGUCCCUUUGAUUUGGAAACAAAUAAGAUUUACGCAGUUUCUAAAGAGGCCCCUUACUGUUCUCAUACUGGGAUAAAAAUCCAGCUUCUUAUUCAUGGAGCCACAGGAAUGGUAAUUACCAGCAAACCAGCUUUUGAUAAUUCAAGUAAUUUUUUUUAUAUUUAGUGUUUUAUUGUCAGGGUUUUUGUUCUGUAUUAAAUGAAUCCAGUGGAACUUGCAGCACUUGUGGGAUGUAAAGAAUGCAAAAUAAAUCAACAACUGCUUUUCAAAACCAGCUUUAGUCUUCUUACUGAUAAUUGUUGGUUAAUUUUCGGCCCUUUAAAAUACACAAAGAGCACUUUUGUCACCGGCAGUAUAUCAAGGUUUUAAAAGAUAUACAGUACUGUGCAAAAGUUUUAGG